GUGUUCUUCUUCAUAUGAUACAAACUAGUAUAAGAGCUUGGCUUCUCAAACCAUUUUUAUUCUCUCUUACAAAAAAAAAAAAUGGAUUACAAGGUAUCAAGAAUUGGGGAGAUAGUAGAAGAAGAUUCAGACAAGAUUGAUUUGCCACCUGGUUUUAGAUUUCACCCAACAGAUGAAGAACUCAUAACUCACUAUCUAAGACCAAAGGUUCUAAACUCUUUCUUCUCUUCUUUAGCCAUUGGUGAAGUUGAUCUUAACAAGGUCGAGCCUUGGGACUUGCCAUGGAUGGCUAAGAUUGGGGAGAAAGAGUGGUACUUCUUCUGCGUAAAAGACCGGAAAUACCCGACCGGUUCAAGGACGAACCGGGCUACAAAAUCCGGUUAUUGGAAAGCAACUGGUAAAGAUAAAGAGAUCUUCAAAGGGAAAACUUUAGUUGGUAUGAAGAAAACUUUGGUUUUUUACAAAGGAAGAGCUCCUAAAGGAGUUAAAACCAAUUGGGUUAUGCAUGAGUAUCGAUUAGAAGGCGAAUUCGCCAUCGAUGAUCUCCCUAAAACCGCUAAGAACGAAUGUGUUAUAAGUCGUGUGUUUCAUAAACGGGCUGAUGGUACAAAGAUGCAUAUAUCGGGUUUAAUGUUCGGUUCAGGGGUUAACAAAUUUGAACCGGUUGGUUUACCUCCGUUGAUGGAUUCUUCUCUAUAUCUUAAGAACAGAGAAGACUCUUUGUCUUUGUUUUCUCACGUGACCUGUUUCUCCGACCAAACAUAUGACGACAAAAGUCUUGUGUCUGAUCCUCUGUUACUGCAAGAAGAUUCUUCUAUACUGAAGAUGUUGCUUGACAAUGAAGAAACACAAUUCAAGAAGAAUCUUCAGAGUUCCGGUUCAUCGGAGAGUGGACUAACCGCGAGUUCUUGGCAUGGUCAUACUCCUUAUUCGAGUGGUCCGGUGAAUCUUGAUUGUGUUUGGAAUUUCUGAAUUUGGGAAAUUGGAACAUUAAAAAUUGGAGUAUGGGAAACAAAUCAUUAGGGGGGGUAUAGGGUUUAACAAUAUAUUUGUUAUGUGUUUGCUUUAGAUUCUUGAUUUUGAAAGACUCUUAAGAUAUACAAAUGUGAAUAUUGAAAGAUUCUUGUAACAUUUUGUAAAAAAAAGAACCAUUGUACAGUAGUUGAAAUCUACUCUCUUACAUGUUA